CCGCGCUUAGUGCGCAUUGUCAGUUCGCCACUUGCCGCCGUCACGAUUCCCGCAUUCGCGAUCUUCAUUCCUCGCCCCCCGAACACAGUCAACCGUCCGUUGCCGCUAGUCACAACCGCUUGGUGUUACAUUACUACUGUACGCGCGACCGACUGCUGCAGCCGCCCGCCCGCGUCUCGUUGUGUUUCGAACGAUUUCGUGAUCUGCGCAGCCGACUCAUCAUCAAGGUACGGAGUAAAGUUUCGGAAUUCAGUAAAUUGUCGCGCCGGCAAUUGAUAACCGCUACGGCAACGACAAUAAUAUUAUUAUUGUUGUCGAUAAUCAAUCGUCCCGCUCACUGCCGCAUUUGUGUGUGUGUGUGUGUGUGUGUGUGUGUGUGGCGUGUGUUCACCAAUACAUCACUUCAUCCGACACUCGACAGACGCGAUGACGGACAGCAUACGCGCUUAGCUCUCGAAAGCCCUCAGAGUCUCUCCAGGUCGACGCCGUCGAUUUUACGUCUUAUUCGUCCCGUUGCGGAUAAGCGUCGGCGCGCACUAUCGUCGUCUACUGUUCGUUGAUCGGUACAUAUUUAAUGGCCGCGAAGAUGAAGCUGGUCGACAACGUCGUGCGCAGCUUCAAGGUGGCCAAGGUGUUCCGCGAGAACACGGACAAGAUCAAUAGCUUUGACUUUUCGCCUGCCGGCGAUUACAUCAUAUCAUGCAGCGAAGACGACCAGAUCGUCAUCUACGACAGCCAGAAGGGUGAGCUGUCCAAGACCAUCAACAGCAAGAAGUAUGGCGUUGAUCUCAUACAUUUUGCGCACACCAAGACUACUGCCAUACACAGCUCGACCAAAGUCGACGACACCAUCAGAUAUUUAUCAUUACAUGAUAAUAAGUACAUUCGCUAUUUCACGGGACAUGCCAAAAAAGUUGUAUCACUAUGUGUGUCUCCUAUUGAAGACAUGUUUGUUUCUGGGUCAUUGGACAAAAGUCUCAGAUUAUGGGAUUUGAGAUCACCCAAUUGCCAAGGUUAUAUCAAUGUUAUGGGAAGACCAGUUGCAGCUUUUGAUCCUGAAGGUUUAGUGUUGGCUGCUGGCAUUAAUUCUGAAACUCUCAAACUGUUUGACGUUAGAUCAUUUGACAAAGGGCCUUUCAUAACUGUGAAGCUUCCUCAAGAGAAAGAAUGUGACUGGACCGACCUCAAAUUUAGUCAGGAUGGCCGAACCAUACUUAUUCCUACUAAUGGGUCUUUAAUUAGAUUGAUAAAUGCCUUUAAUGGUACUCCGAUUCAGACUUUUACUGGUCACCUGAAUAAUAAAGGCAUUCCUAUUGAAGCAUCAUUCAGUCCAGAUUCUCAAUACAUAUUCAGUGGUUCAACUGAUGGUCGUAUUCAUGUAUGGAAUGCGGUUACUGGCUAUAAAGUUUGUGUUCUCAAUGGUGAUCAUCCAGGUCCGGUACAUUGUGUUAAAUUUAAUCCCAAAUACAUGAUGAUGGCCUCCGCAUGUACAAAUAUGGCAUUUUGGUUACCUACAGCUGAUGAGUUAGCCAAUUUGGCAUAAGUCAAAUAUUAAUUCUUUGGAUGUGCAUUUGACUUACAUUACCUAAGUACAAUGUACUUAUAUAAAGUUAAAACAUUUUAAUUAUUGAUUUUCCUAUAAUUUAAGUUAACUUAUUAACUUUUAUUCAGUUAUUUGAAAAGAAUAAAUGUAUUUAUUUUUUAUUUUUAAUCAUUUUUAGUUAAUGAGUAAACACUCCUUGAUGUAAAAGUCAGUUAUUUUGUUUUACUACUCCUUUUGAAUGAUUGAUGCAUUUGACAAAUUUUGAUUUUUAUACUUGAUUUAAGGUUAUUUAUUAAUUAAGUUAUGAAAUGUUUAGAAUGAAUUGAUGUUUAUUAGUCCUGAUCUUAUAUAUUAUAUUAUUAUAUGUGUGUUAUAUUUAAGAUUAAGAAUUUUCUUGCAAAUGUCUUAUUUCUUUCUAAAUUAACUGCUGAGUUUCAUUGUUACAACAUCAAUAUUACUUUUGAUUAUUGGAUUAUUGGUGAUAUUUUAUUGAGCAACGUCAAAUCCAAUAAUAUAAAAUAUAAAUGUGUAGUAAUUUUAAUCUGACAGAUAUCUUUUUAACUGAUGAUCUCAAAAAGAAUUUCACAGGAUUAUCAGUUAGCGGUUUGACAUUCAGCAGUAUUGGCAAUGUUUUAAUACUUGCUAUUUACCAAAUUGACAUAUUUUUAAAAACAUAAUGCUCAUUGACAUUUAUGACCAGUCAGUACCCUAACUAAUGGUGCUUUAAAACAUUUAAAUUUAAUUCAGACACAUAAUACCCACAGAUAAUUGAAUUGCUUUUUAAUGUAAUAAAAAAAUCAUAAUGUAUUAUGUUUUAAACAACUAAAAGUAAAAUUGAAUAUUUAUGUAAUUACUUAUAUCUGGUGUUUGACCAAAAACUAUGAUUAAAGAUGAUAAAAGUUUUGAAUAUAUUAUAUUUUUUAUUUUAAUAAAUAAAUAAUUGUUGAAUUUGUGAAUCUUUAGAGAAUGUUAGCACAAUAUUUAUUUUCUUUCUCAGACCUACAAUAUAGAUACAAGUAAAAUUGUUUUUUGUGUUUACUGAGUAACUUUAGAUUAAAAUCGCCUAUUACAAAAAUUACAGAAGAUAAUGUUUUUGAGGGUUUGGCAUAAUAUAAGUUUUAUGUGUUAUUGUUAUUUGAUUUAAAAACAACUUUUAUAAAUGUAAAAUUUAUACUUUUUAUAAAUUAAUGGAUAUUAAAUUAUUUUGAGACACUAUUUAGACAAAACGAAAUGUCAUACCCUCAAAAACAUAAAAAUGCUUUUUAUGAGAAUCUUUUUUGUCUAAGUCGUGUGUGGGUCGGUAAUAAGAAAGAAAGUACAAUCUGUGCUCUUACAUCCUUUCAAGUAAAUUUGAUGUUACAACAAAUAAAGUUUGACUAUGAAAAAAAAACUAGUUUGUGAAUGUAAUCACACUCCAUGACUAUUUUUUUUAUUAGUUAUAACUUAUAAAAUAUAUUUUUAAUUAUUCUAUUAUAACAAUUAACAACUCAUAAAAUAAGUGACAAAUUCAAUAAUUGUAUAUUUAAUAAAAUUCAUGAAUUUUAAAUUAUUAAGUAUGAUGUUUUAUCUUAAUCUGUUAUAAACACUGCUUAUGUCAUUUGAACUUGUAAAUAAUCUGAAAACUAAUAUUCUAAAUUGUAUGUUGUAUUUAAUGUGUUUUUUGUUAAGAAGGCUCCACUUAUCGAUUUGUUAUCUGUGAAAAUCUUAUAUACAUCAUUCUAAAUUUAAUUGUUGCAGACAACCCUAAGGCCAUUAGGUUGUAUGGUAUUAAACUAUCGUACAUUGAUUAUUUGAAUGCCUAACCGAUAAUACUCUAUAAAUAAAUCUAUAAAUUAAAUCAAAGGUCAGUUUAAAACUAUAAUUUGUUGUGUUUCUAAUGCAUUACACACAUCAUACAUAACAAAUUGAUAUGUUCUGUCCUCUUUAAGUAAUACAAGUUACUAUUAUUUUAAUAUACAACUAUUAUGUAUUAAUUUAUAAUUAUUUAUCAAAGUUUAAGAGUAACAAAAAUUAUAUUGAAUAAAGAAAUCGUGGAACAUCAGCGUUGUAAUAAUUGUGUUAAUAUUAUAAUAAUAGUUUAGUACCUACUUUAUAUGUUUUAAUUGAUAUUUAUUUUGUCAAUUAUUUAUUUUUAUUUUUUAAAAGAUUUUAUUGUAUUUAUUAAUGCAAGAAAGAAAAAUCCUUCGUGUUAAACUAAAUUUUGAAUGAAAACCAUUUUUUUUAAUGAUUUUAUAUGGUAUGUUGAAUAUUAAAUUCUGAAUAGUUUAUCCGUAGUAGUAUGGUCUAUAAUUUUUUAGGCCUAAAUUUUUAUACAAUACUUUAAUUCUAUAAGUUAAAAUGAAAUGUGUAUACCAGAUAUUACCUAAUUAUUUAAAAGGUAUCGUUAAAGUUUAUUAUUUUUUUAAAUGUUUUUUUAUUUAAAAUCAGUAUUCUUGAAUGUUGUAAUUUUCCAUUAAAUAUAUCAUAUCAUGUUCUUAACAUAAUAUCAAUUAAAAAAUAAUUUUAUGUUAUACAAGCAAAAAAAGAAUUUGUUUGCUAAAGCUUAUAAUGUAAUAACUAAUAACCAUUUUCUUUGUCAUUCAAUGGUUUAAUUUUAAAGUUGUCUUACAUAUGGGCGCUAUUUUUAUAACUCGCUAUUAUUCAAAUGAAUGCAAUGUUAUAUAUAAUCGGUUGAUGUAUAAUUUUUCCAAAUUUCAAUUGGAACAUUAUAUUACUGGUCGUUUAUUAUUAAUCAUUAUUCAUCAAAAACAAAAAUAAUAUACAUGUAUCUUUCAUGUUGAUAAUUUUAGAAUCUAGAAACAUCAUUAUGUAAGUUUAGAUAGUGUUAAGUAAAAAUAAAAAAAAAUUAACAAUAUGCCAUUAUUACAUAAUAAUGUGUGCAAUUUGUUUGUGUAACGUAAAAUACUAAAAUACUAAAAUGCAAAACCCAUAUUAUCUAGGAUAAGUUUUAAAAAUGAGUAUUGUUGGAAUGUAUUUAUGGAAAUAUUAUCAUAAUAAAAGAAAAUGUAUUAUAUUCUUUUUAA